AUGAGUACAGAUGAUCUCUGUCACUACUCGCCGAGCCCUCCAAAUGUCCCUGCUGCCUGUUCUUUGACACUGGGGCUUCAGGAGCGGGAAGCCAUCCAGUACUUCCGGACCACGUUUUCCAGACAUCAGCAUACAAAAAACCCAAACUACAAUGUCAUCUCGGUCAUUUACAAUAUUGCAACCAAGUCCGAACUCGCAAUGCACAUGGCCGUUUCGGUUGCGAGACGGGAAAUGCUUUGUCUCCAAAACGAUGGUCAAACUGAUGUCAAGGACGACGAUAUCUCUAUCCUGCACUAUUCGGCAGCCCUGAGUCAAUUGGCCGAGUUUGUAAAUGGAGCUGACGCCGUCACUGGGCUUGAUACCAUCCUGGCCAGUAUCUGGCUCAUGUUGACCUAUGAGCAGAAAUUCGGCGAUGGCAACGGUGUUGGCCUAUCUAGUCAUCUGAAAGGCCUUGCGACAAUAGUACAGAGUGAGGCCAGGCAAGCCCUCACUCUUCCGGCAGACGCAAACCACCAUAUCCCUUCCUCUGCCAACACCAUGGAACUCGAUUCUUCUCAGAGACGCAUGCACACCCUCUCUCUCUUUUCUGCGCGGAUGCUGAUUUGGAUAUCGCUCCUUGACGCUGGAGCUGCCUCUACUGGACUGGGAGGAGACUUUAACGAGUCGCUCCAUGGCUUACUUGAAGAACAUGCUCAUAUCUGCGACGGAUGUGAUUCUCGAUUACAAACCAGUCUCUUCCGGAGCUACACUGAAGUAGCAAAGUACUCAAAUCCAUUGUUUUGCAGGGUAUGGGGAGAUGAUUAUCCGAUACAGGAACUGAUGGAUGACAUCAGCAACCACGACAUAUUCUUAUUAUAUGGCUCCUGUUUUCAGGUCAGAUAUAUGGCCUCCAGAUUGGAUAGCCUGAGGAAGCAGGUUUCAACCGCCGCCGAGCAAUGUGAAGACGUCAUUGAGCUGGCCUUUCGGGAGAUAGCUGAAACAUACACCGAGACGUUCUUACUGGCGAGCAAAAUAACCGUCGAGACGGAUAACAGUCUCCGCGUUAUUAAGAACCUUCGCUUCAUUGUCCCUCACUACCAUGCGGCGAUAAUUUACUACGUAAGAUGUGCGGAUCCUCGACGAUCAUUUCCGGACAGGCGGAUGUCGUCGUUGAAGAUGAUUAUGAAAUUAGCAUACCAAGCUUUCAAACUCGAGGGGGACGAGGCCAUGCUGCGGAUCGCUUGGCCACUCUUCAUAGCGAUACUCGAAACCGAUGAUCUCCUCCACAGGGAGUGGUUGAUUGCUCGGCUACGAGCGCUCGGGAAAUUCGGCAAGAAUUACUCAAGGGCAGCGGUUUUUGUCGAGUCUUUCGUUGCGGAAGAAGAACGCAAAGGGGAACGCUUAGAUUUCCAGGCUUAUUUGACAUCAGGAGGUUUCGAACAGUUCUCGAUAUGA